GGGUGCUGCCGCUCGUCAAGUCGCCGCCGCUGCUGUCGCUGCCGCCGCCGCUGCUGUCGCUGCUACGGCUGCUGAUUCAGUCGUUGCUGGUGGGGUUGGGGGUGCGGGUGGCAGUAGGGGUGCUGCUGUAGCCGGGCGGAGGCUGGAUGAGCUGAGGGACGUGGAGGAGGAGGCGGCGAAGGAGGCGGAGGAGGCGGAGGAGGCUGAAGAGAAGAGGAAGGAGGAGGACAGUGAGGAGGGGAGUGCGGGUGAUGAAGGGGACCUGACCUCCGCCUUGCACCCCCCGCUGUCCUGCUUGUGGCGCUUCUGUCCGGGUCCCAACAUCUCCAGCAGCAGGAGGAGGAGGAGGGGGAGACCCGAAGCACCAACACCAGCAGCAUCCGGACCCGCACCCGCACCCGCACCCGCACCCGCACCCGCACCCGCACCCGCACCCGCACCCGCACCCGCACCAGCAGCAGCAGCAGCACCACCACCAGUUGCCGUACAUUCGGUUGUCGUACAGCAACCUGACGACCCCGGUAACGACGGUGGAUCUGGAUUUGGAGGCGCGGAGGGCGUAUGUGCGGGCGGUUGAAGCAGUGGAGGGUUUCGACCCCGACCGCUACACCUCUGCCACCCUCUGGGCGCAGGCGGAGGACGGAACUGCCCUACCCGCCACACUGGCCUGCCGUACAGACGCCUGGCCGCCAACCACCAACCGCCCGCUUCCCUGUGUCGUACAAGUGUACGGAGCGUACGGCAAAAAACUGCUACCGGAUUUCAACCCUGCUGACCUGAUCAUACUUGACGGCGGCGGCGGUUGCAGUGGCGUUAGCGGUAGCGGCCGUAGCGGCACCACCACAGCGACCACCACUAGCAGCAGCAGCACCACUAGCGCGACCACCAUUAGCAGAGCCAACACCGCCAUCAGUACCAUCAGUGGUGGUUGCGGUCCGUGUUUGUUCGUGAUUGCCCAUGUGAGGGGCGGAGGGGAGCUGGGUGCGAGAUGGCAUUCGUACGGCAAGCAGCGGUAUAAGGCCCGUACGGCAAGCGACCUGGCGGCUGUCGUACGGAUGUUGCAGGAGGGAGGGUACUGCAGGAGGGGGGCGCUGGGGCUGUGGGGCAGGUCGGCAGGCGGCCUGGCAGCCGCCAUGGCCCUGUCCGCCUGCCCCCCCGGCACUUUCCGCGCCGCGCUGCUGGACGUGCCCUUCACGGAGGUGCUGGGUGCCAUGAGUGACCCGGGGCUGAGGCUGACACGCAGCGAGAGGGGCGAGUGGGGGGACCCGCUGGCCAGCCAGGAGGAGUACGAGUACAUUCUGUCGUACUCGCCGUACGACAACAUUGAGAAGCUCGUUGCCGCACAUCUCCACCCGCCGUCGGCUCCGUCUCCGCCACCACCGCAGCAGCAGCACCACCACCAGCUGCAAUUGCCUCCACAGUUUUCAGAGCUAGCUCAGCAGCAGCAGCAGCCGCUUCCGCUCCUGCCAGAACGAGGGGAAGAACCGGCGGGACCUCCGGAGCAUCAACCUGAGGCUCAGCCCCGGCAGCAGCCGCCUCCACAGCAGCCGCCUCCCCUGCAGCAGCCGCCACCCCUGCUGCUUCCCUCCAUGCUCAUAACCGCUAGCAUCAACGACACCCGAGUGCCUUACUGGGGGCCCGCCAAGUAUGUAGCACGACUGCGAACCGCAAUUGCUUGCGCCGCUGGUGCUGCUGGUGCGGCUGCUGCUGCUGCUGGCGGUGCUACUGCCACACCUGCUACUGCCACUGCUACUACCGCUGCAGCCUCCAGCGCUGCAGCAACAGUCCCUCCCACAGCGGGUGGACGCGAAGUCUCAGAACAGCAACAACCGCCGCCGCAGCAGCACUGGCAGCAGCAGCAGUUGCAGCAGCGGCCGUUGCUGUUGCUAACGGAAACGGGCGCGGGCGGUCACUUCGCAGCUAGCGGUGC